AGUAUCGUUUUUAAAUUAAAUAUUUUUGUCACCCUAAUUUAAGUGUACUAUCAUAACUUAAUAACACUUCUAACUCAAUAAAAACUGCGGGAUUCAACUGUAGAGAUUCAUAAUAAUUUGUCUAAUUUGCCCAAGAUGGCCAUACACUUAGUUUUCUUGUUUGUUAUUGGUGUAUUAUAUUUUGCAUAUUAUUUGCUAUUAAAGAACAGGAACUAUUGGAAAAGCAAAAAUAUCCCUUUCGUAAAGCCAUUGCCAUUAUUCGGCAACUACAAAGAUUGUAUUUUGUUGAAAACACACAUAAAUGACAUCUUAGACGAUAUGUGCCAACAGUUUCCUGAUGAGCCUUGCUUUGGAUCUUUUUAUGGUACGAGCCCUGCACUAAUUAUUCAGGACCCGAAUUUAUUGAAACACGUUCUGUCAAAGGAUUUCUUUUACUGCAGUGGUAGGGAAACGUCUAACCAUAAUCACAAAGAAACCAUUACGAAAAAUAUGUUUAUGGCCCACGGUGACGAAUGGAAAGUAUUACGCAUGAAUUUAUCACCACUUUUUUCCUCCGUGAAAUUGAAGAGCAUGUUCCAUUUGAUAAAAAAUUCUUCCGAUACGUUGGAGAACUUGCUUGCCGAAGAAAUAAAGACAAGUCCAAAUGUCGAGAUCAGGAAAUUGCUCUCGAGAUACACGAUAGAAUGCAUCACAGGUUGUGCCUUUGGAUUGCGUGCAGACACGAUGAAAAAGGAUUCACAAAAAAAUCCCUUUAUUGCAAUGGGUGACCAAAUAUUUGAUCUGUCAGACUACAGAGCUACUAGAAAUAUCUGUCGGUCGAUGUGGCCCGGAUUAUUUUAUUCGUUAGGAUUUAAACUAUUAGACGACAACGUUGAUACGUUUUUCAAUAAGUUAAUUUCUGGAGUAUUUAAAAACCGCGAGGAAACCAAAACCUCAAAGAACGACUUCGUGGAUCUCAUUUUGGCUUGGAAAAGACACAAUUGCAUAACUGGAGAUAGCUUGAGCCACACUGGUGACAAAAAAGUAGUAAGAAUCAAGGUUAAUGAGGAAUUGCUAAUAGCGCAAUGUGAGAUUUUGUUUGGUGCGGGAUAUGAAACAACAGCGGUGACCACGAGUUAUCUUCUAUAUGAACUAGCGAAAAACAAGAUUGUUCAGGACAAAGUGAUAGCUGAGGUCGACGAAUAUUUCACUAAACACGAAAGAAUUGAAUAUGAGUGUAUAAAUAUGUUGAAAUACACUGAAUCAUGUUUAGAAGAAUGUCUUCGCCUGCAUCCAAUAUUCGGGUUCUUAACCCGAGAAGUGAUGCACGAUUACUCUCUACCAACAGGUCUAUGUGUGAAUAAAGGCAAUUGCAUUCACAUACCAGUGCUUCAUAUUCAUCAUAAUCCUGACAAUUUUCCAGAGCCAGAACUAUUUCGUCCAGAACGAUUCUUUGGGGAAUUGAAGAAAAAUAUUAAGCCAUACACUUAUAUGCCUUUUGGUGAAGGACCUAGAAUAUGUUUAGGUAUGAGAUUUGCCAAGUUGCCUAUAUAUGCAGCAGUUUUGAAGGUAUUCAAGAAUUACAGAGUGGAACUUGCAGAAAACAUGCAGCACAAAAUAUCUUACAAUCCAAAAUCUUUAUUUGUUAGCCAGCCAAUAGGUGGUAUCUAUGUAAAGUUUAUUCCAAGAAAAGCUUGAAAAUCAUGUCCUGUGGGUUUUGCCUUUUUAUUUUCUUUUCAUCUCGCCUUAUAUAAUUAUUGCCUUAAAUAAAAAUGUUUUAAUAAUGAAUGAGCAGUCUUUGUGUUUCCGUCAUGUUUUGUUUUCAGUACCUACAUACUGAUUGUAACUGUAUACAAAAGCUAAGUUUAAGUAGUUAUAUUGU